GCAGAAAGCCUCGCGUGGAGCUUUAGGGUGAUUCUUGCCACUGGCUUCAUGCUAGCUCGCUAGUCACGCCUGUGUAUUUAGAGUUGGCUGGUAGGCCGCAGUUAAAGGGAAACUGGUCCCAAAACAGAUGAUGUGGGAUAUUUAUACUGUAAACCAGUAACGUUUGGUAAAAAUAGAGGCGAUUUUAAUGAUGGCAGUUGAAGCGGAACGUUCGUGAGUCACGUAAAACAAUUUGUGUUUUAAGCAAAGGACAUAAACUACCUGCUAACUAAUGCUAGUAGUUAGCCGGUUCAACUUCUGAUGCUUAAAAGGGGGAAUCUUUCUUUGCCAUCGCGUCAGAAACCAAAGAUGGCUGCCGAAUGCACUGAGACCUGUUGGCUGUCAUAGAUAAAGUAUUGUAAUCUUGUCUUAAUAUGGGUGGACAGAAGUGAUUUUAUGUGUAAAUAUCGAGCAUCGUGGGAUAGUUCACAUUUAGAUGUCCCAUCAAUAGGAAAUGGAGAGAAGACUAGAGGAAAAGCUUCGAAUCAGUCAGAAAGAAAGACUUUCAAGUGGCAGUUCGAGUCGUCCUCUGAUGAGAACAGCAAUCGUAAUUCAGGACGACUCCCUCCCCGCAGCUCCCCCACCACAGAUUCGUAUUUUGAAGCGACCCUCCAGUAAUGGAUCUUUAGGAUCGUCUGUGACGCAGACUCGACCCUCCCCGCAAGUUAAAUCCUUAGCUCAGCGAGAGGCAGAAUACGCAGAGGCCAGGAAGAGAAUCCUUGGCAGUGCUACUCCUGAUGACACUCCACAGGAGAGACCCAUUUCAGACCGAUCUCCACGUGGAAGCAGCCAUACACUUUCAGAGGAAAACCGAUCAGGAAACCAUGUUGUUCGACAGCCAGCAGGUCCAGAUGGUACACAAGGCUUUCACCAGCGCAGAUAGGAAUAGCAGCCUUUCCUGGGAGGAAGCGAGAGGCGAUAGUGAAAUACGGUCUCCCAAAAUACGGUUGAAAAUCAAGUCAUUUUUAUCAAUAUUUAGGAUGUGGGAUGUUUUUCAAAUAAGUAUAAAAAACCCUCUUGAAUUCAGCACGGCGUGUGUGGAAUGUAACGGGGGAAAGGAACAUGAUCCAGAGGAGCGGAUGGGGAACGUUCCCUGCUUUUUACACUGUGAUGAGGACCUCGCUUCCGGACGCUGCUCACUGUGAUGUCCAGCCCCUACCCCUCAAAAUCAAAAGGAAAAUAGAGAGAAUCUAAACCGAAUGGCAGAACUAUUGUCCCUUCCUCGCGUAACUCAGCCAUCACUGGCAGCCAGCCUGAAAAGUCAUGCAAGCAAGCCCUCUGAAGAGACAUUUGAAAUGGAAGAUCACAAGUGCUGGAUGUGCUUGAACCGAUAAAAGGAUGGUACGAGGCACCAGCUUCCUUCAGCAAUAAUUCUAGAAAUAUCACUCUUCAGACCUCCCUUCCACACUGUACUCUCAAGCUUUUGUAUUGCUUGGGUUUGUCUUUUGUUUUAAUUUUGGUUAUUACUGGCUCGGUCUGAUAAUUGCCAUAUGUUUUUAAAUGGGUAAGAAACAGUGAGGGUAUAAUGCGGAAACUUAAGCUGACUUUAAGUUCUUUAUUGUUUACGGUUACUUUUUUGUUGCUGUUAUUGUUUUACUCAUGAGUCUUCCUCUGACUGUCCUGAUUUCUACAUGAAGUAAAAAGAAUAAAAACAAAAUCUAGUCCAGAAUUAAAUGAUUGCAGCGAAUGGCAUUUUUAACCCAUUUCUAUGGCUUUUAUAUGAUUUUAAAGGUAGUCAAUUUUAGAUCUGUGCUUUUUUAAGUGAAAUCCAACAGAAGGAUGAGUUCUGUAAAUGUUUGUUGUGCUGGAAAGAACCGAAGGGAGUGAGGCGAGGCGAGGCGGGGCGGGGUGGGGGGGGGAUGAUUUCGCUGGCUCCCCUCGCCUCACUUCCUCGUCAGAUCUGCUGUUGGCCAUUUUCUUUUCUUUACUUAUGUAGGAACUCAGGUUGUUGUGAGGAAAUAUGAGCGAAUGAAUGAAGUUGUGUAUCAGUGAAUAGGCUUUUAAUUGAAUGAUGGUGCAAUGUUAAGCUUACAUGAAGUAUGGCUUCAAGAUCAUUUGAAAGACACCUCUAUGACUGGAUUACAGAAUAUCCUAUAAGAGAUUAUUUAACUUUAUUGAAA